CAACGAGCGAGCAGAGGUCCAAGUUUUACCAUCCGUACUCGCCUUAUAAGAUCCAACUGGAUUUUAUGGAAUCAUUGUACGAUGUCUUGGAAAAUGGUUACAAGAUUGGUAUCUUUGAGAGCCCCACUGGUACAGGGAAGACAUUAUCUCUCAUCUGCGCUACAAUGACAUGGCUUCGUGAGCAGAAGGCCAAAGGUGAUGAUAGUGUUGUGGAUGAUGAUAGCGAUGACGAUCCUGACUGGGUCAAGGAGUCGUUCUUUAAAAUGACAAAUACCAAGAGACACGAUGCUGGAGUUGCGUACGAGAAGCACUUGGAUGAGUUGCACAAAUCGUCAAGACCAAAGGUUUUGAAGGAACACACAUUCCCCAACAGAAAGAAACUGAAGUCUGUCACAGUCGAAUUGGAUAAGGAGCAGGAUGAUCAAUUCUUGCUUGAUGAUUACCACUCAGAUGAUGAGUCUUCAGCUGUUACUCAACUGGAUCGAAAUUCCGAGCUUGCUCUAGAGAUCAAAAGCCUGAUGAAGAAGAUAAACGGGGUGAAAAGAGACGAUGGUGAUUUGCUGGAUCAAGCCACCAAGAUUAUCUUCUCUUCCAGAACGCAUUCACAGUUGAACCAAUUCUCAUCUCAAUUAUCACUACCCAACUUUCCCUCCACAUACCCUGAUCAUUCCGAACGCCUAAAGUAUUUGCCCUUGGGUUCAAGGAAGCAGUUGUGCAUUAACGAUGAAGUUUCCAAGAUAAAGGAUAUUACACUGCUUAAUGAAACAUGUUUAGAGCUUCAUAAACCUGAUGCUACGAAAAAAUGUCCGUUUUAUCCAUCCUCAAAGAAUGAGGACCUUCAAGAGCUGUCCUUUGAAUUCAGAGAUUCCCUGUUUGCAGAGGUACACGACAUUGAAGACUUACCUCAGAUCGGGGAGAAACUUCACAUAUGCCCCUAUUAUUCUGUCAGAAAGGGUAUUGGCUAUUCAGAGGUGAUGACGUUACCGUAUCAAUUGUUACUGUCGAAGAACUCAAGAGAUGCGUUGGGAAUAUCUGUUAAAGGUGCCAUAGUGGUAAUUGACGAAGCACAUAAUCUACUAGAUACCAUCACAUCCAUGAAUUCUGUUUCCGUUAUGGUGCAAGAGUUUGAGUUGUGUGUUGAGUCUUUGAAGAAGUACCUUUCAAGGUUCACGAGACGUCUGAAUGGUGGUAACAGAAUCAAUCUGAUGAAGCUGAUUAAAAUUAUGAAUCUCAUACUGAAAUCAGUGAACUCGACAGAGAAGAUAACCCCUGGUAAACCGAUAGUCGUUACAGAUAUGCUGCAAGGCACUACUGGUGAUCUGUUGAAUAUUCACAAAUUGGAUAAGUAUUUCACCGUUUCAAAGCUCCCUUACAAGCUUGAAUCGUAUAUGAGCAAAGAAGAUAGACACAGAACACCGAUACUAUUCAAAAUCGUGGAGUUCUUGAAAGCUAUGUCGAAUCCAUCUAGGGAAGGGAAAUUCUUCUAUGACGUAAAGGCGAAUGGUGUUUCGUUGAACUACAUGCUAUUAGAUCCAUCCGAUGCGUUCAAAGACAUUGUCCUGGAAAGCAAAUGUGUUAUCCUUGCGGGUGGUACUAUGGAGCCCACAGAAGAUUACUAUAACUACUUGUUCCCCUAUAUUGAUACGCAACGAAUUAAGAAGUUCACUUGUGGUCAUAUCAUCCCAAAGGAGAAUCUUGAAGUUUUCCUGGUUGAAGGCAGCGAAGGCUACGACUUCGAGUUCUCCUUUGAGAAGAGAAAUGAUACCAAAAUGAUAGUAGAACUUGGAAAGUCCAUUCUUGGACUAAUUGAAAAGAUCCCAGCAGGCGUUGUCGUAUUUCUACCAAGUUAUAAGUACCUGUCGCAAGUCAUCGAAACUUGGAAGAAAUCAGGCAUCUACGACUCAAUUGACAACUUGAAGAAGGUUUACACCGAAUCAUCAUCCACCAACGUGCUUGAUGAUUAUUCAACCACAAUCUCCUCCGGCAAAGGUGCACUUCUCUUAUCUGUUGUUGGAGGCCGUCUAUCUGAAGGAAUCAACUUCUCCGACAACCUGGCCAGAGCAGUAAUGUUGAUUGGCCUUCCUUACCCCAAUGCUUUUUCCGGUGAGAUCAUAUCCAAGAGGAAGUUCAUCGAAGACCAGGUUAUGGAGCGCACCAACGACAAGAGACAGGCCAUGGAAGCUACAAGAGACUUCUACGAGAACAUAUGUAUGAGGGCUGUUAACCAGUCUGUUGGCCGUUCGAUAAGACACAGGCAUGACUACGCAACAAUAUACCUGUUCGAUAAACGCUACCGGAAAACCAGCAUUCAGAACAAGCUCAGUGACUGGAUCAAGCAGAGAGUGUCACACCAAAUGAGCCUCAAGGAGAUCAUUAGAGCUACUGAUAGCUUCUUCCGUAAUAAGAAGUGAAAUACAUAGCAACA